AUGGCCUCCCCAGCCUCUAGACUAUCAUUUCCCUCGACAGUCUUUGGGAUUGCUCAAUACUGGCCGGGAUACAGUCCUGAUCUCAAGCACAUCGUCGUAUUCGGUGCAUCGUAUUGUGACGUUGGGUACUCCAAUCAAUCGCCUCACCCGACCUCGGAACAUCCACUCGGGGUGCCCUUCCCAGGGUAUACGUACGCCGAAGACGGGCAGGCGAACUGGGUAGGGCAUCUCAUCACCGAGCACGGCCCUCAGAGCGCCUCCCAGGAUCCUGCUAGUGGACCGUCUCCGGUGCUCGUGUAUGAUUACGCAAAGGGAGGGGCGACUGUACACGGAGUGGUGCAACAGGUUAAUGAUGGGUUCUUGCGCGUCGGGUCUGCUGGGUGGAAGCCUGAAUGGGCACGAUGGAACUCAAACGAUACAAUCUUCAUGACCUGGGUGGGAAUCAACGACUGCGCAAUCAGACUGAUCCGGGCCGACCGCUUCGUUGCGUCCAUGAAGAUUUACUUUGAAGCCCAAGAUGCAAUCUAUAGCGCCGGCGGGCGUAACUUCCUGUUAAUCAAUGUGCCACCUGUCGGACGCUUCCGUGGCAAGAACUUACCCAAUAAGGACUACGAGACGUGGAAUAAACUCCUGGAGGAUGGCGCGGCAUCGUUUGCCACCGCCAAUCCCGAGGCCACUGUCAUGAUCUUCUCUGCAUGGGACCUCUUUCACGACGUUAUGGACAACCCAGACAAGUACGAAUUCGGCGCAGAGAAAAGAGGGUCAGGCGUCAGUGGGUUUCUCGUGGAUGGCCUGCACCCGACUUCCAAGAUGCACAAUAUCAUCGCUCGGGAGGUAUCCAUCUUCCUGCGAGGUCAGUCGCCGAUAUAG